CUUAAAGAAACAUAAGCGACUACAAUGGAGAAAUCCGCAACGUUUGUCCUCUCUUUGUGGUUGAUCUUCAUGGCAGCAAGCUCCACUCUGGGACAGUCAGCGACUACAAGUGAAACAAGCCUGACCGAGAACCCCCAACAAGCUAGCUCUUCCCAAUCUACAGCGACCACGCCCACGCCCACGCCCGGCCGUUCUUCUACUCACGACCAUAAGGUUGAUACAUCAACGGCAGCAUCACACCUCCCAUCGUCCACCUCAGGAAGAUCAGCUAUCACCACCGCAUCAAGGCAGCCCGCAGUGUCCUCCGGAGCCACCUCGAGCCCUGGAGUUACACCUUCGACCCCGGCGUCAUCCUCAAGUGGGACCGACUCUGCCAGACUCUCAGCCACAACAUUAAAAGCAGGGACUACUUCUUUGUUCAAAUUAUCUAGUCCAAUGCUGGUGUCUGUAAUCUCCAUUCUAAUCUGCAAUGCAUAGAAUGCUCGACCACUGGACUCUUGCAACGGCUCAUAUUGUGAAAAAUGUUGAUGUGAAGUAAAAAGUAAUUCGUUAUUUUUCUGUUUCAAAUAAGAAUUUAAAAAAGUAUAUGAUUUGAAUAUGUGGGCAACUUUUCU